GGCGACGUUUUCGCCGCGUCCGGUUCAGGCACCGCCCCCUCCCGCCACCUGCCGACGCUGGACGGACGUGGACCGACAUGAGCCUCCCGGACUUCAAAACAGGGAAGCGGUCUCCGGCCGCGAGCUCGGGCUCUGUCGUGCACCUGAACGUGGGAGGUCACAUGUUCACCACCUCACUGAGCACGCUCAGCAGACACCCGGGGUCCAAGCUGGGCGAGCUGGUGUUCAGGGAGACGGACUCCGAGGGCCGGGUCUUCAUCGACAGGGACGGCGCUCACUUCGGCGCCGUGCUGGAUUUCCUGCGAACGGAGCAACUCCCCAGCAAGCACAUCCUGGAGGUCCACAGGGAGGCCGUCCACUACAACGUCCAGCCGCUGGUCAAGCGCCUGGAGGAGACGCCGCAGAUGUUCGGGGAGCUGGUGGCUCGACAGCAGUUCCUCACCCGCGUCCCCCACUACUGGGAGAACAUCGAGGUUCUGAUCCGGAUCGCCCGAGCCGAAGCCGUGGCCUCUCGCCACUCCACCGUCUUGAUCUGCGUGCUGAGGACAGAGGAGGACUUGCGUUGCUAUGACAAUGUCGUCCAUAGUCUGGACGCCGAGCAGCACUCGGUGGUGACGUUCGGACCCUGGAAGGCCACGCCUGGCGUCUCGGACCUGCUGGACUGCGUGAGGAUGGACAUCCAGAACCAGGGCUACCAGGUCCAGCUGGAGCCACACACACCCGACAAGAGUUUCCGCUCCAAGACUUACAGCUUCUUCCACAAACUUACCUUUACCUGGUGGUGAGCACCAGUGAGGUCACCUGUUCAGCGACUCCCAAACUGCUGGGAAUAAUCCUGAAACCAUCAUCCAUUCAUCAGCUGCCCAUCAAUCUUGCAGUAAUCCUUUCCGCUGUCAUCCAUUCAUCCAUCUAUUGAUGCCAUCCAUCUUAGUAUCAUGUUCAUCCAGCCACCGUCGUCCUUUCAUUCCACCAUUCUGUCCCUCUGUUUAGUUAUUGGUGGUCUGUUCAUCCGUUCAUGUGUACACUUAUUUUGGCAUUCUUCUAAUAAACCCACCUUGGUCAUGUGACCUGAAACUUGGGCGUGCUGGAGUCUGUGACCGCGGCACUGCCGGCGUCACAGGACCUCACCACGAAUGGAAGUGCAGCGUGUGCGUUUCCACACGUGACCCAGAA